UAUAUCACAUGGAUCAAAUGAUAGAAAGCGUAAGUACGUAACCGUCUGAUCUCUCUCAGUUGUCCUGGAUGGUCAGAACUCAGAAGACACAACAAUAAUUACUAUACAGUAGAAUAGGAUAGUGAAUCCCAAAUCUUCCUUUUCCAAAAAAACAAAAAUCCCAAACCUUACAUUACAUUACAAAUGGACCCCACUUCAUGUGCAUGUCUUCCUUGGCGCCCAUACUCGUCCUUACAUUCUGACAAAUCCAACGGUUAGUAAGUGACCAUCCAUAUCAACACUGGAACUCCUCUUCAUCGAUUCUCGGAUCCAUUUAAAAACUUCCACAAUUCCCAGUUGCUCACUGCAGGCGACGAUUCUCUCUCUCUCUCUCUCUCUCUCUCUCUCUCUCUCUCUCUCUCUCUACAGUGCGAGCAGAGGAGACGGAGAAUCUGAGAGAAACAGGAAAUGCCGAACACGCUAGGGAGGAACCUUCAUCUCUGCUUCUCAAAAUGCAAACGCCCAGAGGGAACGGAAUCCCCUCGCACAUCUUCUGCUGGGAGCUAUGACGAGAGCAUCACAAACACAACAUCGAUCAUGGUGAAGAACUUCAACUCCCUUUAUGAUCCCACUUCCUACUCAACCUACAAAUCAGCGAGCCUUACUAGUGAAGAUUUCUCAUCAUUAGACUCGGAAGACUUCGAAACCACCAUCCCUGACUUCGCCUCCAUUUUCGCUUCUCAACGCUUCUUCUUCUCCUCCCCUGGCAGUUCCAACUCCAUCGUCGAGUCUCAACCGGAAUGUCCUCCUCCAUCUGAAGAAACCAAAAAGCUAAUGAGUGGUGGUAUUCCUAUCUCAACGUUCUCACCGGAUCCUUACACGGAUUUCAGGCGAUCAAUGCAAGAAAUGGUUGAUGCACACAAAUUGCUUGACGUGAGAGCUGAUUGGGAUUACCUACAUGAGUUGCUCUUGUGCUAUCUCAGUCUCAACCCUAACCACACUCAUAAGUUCAUUAUCGGCGCUUUUUCUGAUCUCCUCCUCAGUCUCAUGGAGUCGUCGACCGAAUCAGAUGGCAGCAGCGAUCCCUCCGGCUCCGACGUCUCCUCCGGCCGGUGUACGGCUUCGCGGCUGUUUGUGUAAAAUGUUCAUCUCAUAAAUUCUCAGAAAUACAUUUUCCUUUCCCUUUUUAGGAAUUUCAGUUGAGGCCUGAGGGUAUAAUGUUUUUGUUUUUCUUGUUGGGUAGUUUUGGUUCUGUUUGUUAGUGUAUAGCCUUUGGUUCUGUUUGUUAGUGUAUGGCCUUUCUCCUUGUCUUC